GCGACGCCUUCCGAUUUCGUCUUGGCGCUUGCCUCGGCACGAAUUCUAGGGCCGACGCAAUCCAAUACUUCCACCACUGCGGUCCAGUAUUCUCAUUGGUCCUACUUGACAACCUACCCGACUAGGAGACACUGUUGUGAAUGUUCUUUCCAACUACCGCGCUCGCUGGAAAGCGUUUCAUGUCAGCCAUGGUUCACUCCAUGACACCAAUGGAAGAUGCUCUGAGAACGAAGAUCACUGAAGCCCUGAAGCCGACUUCACUCGAGAUCUUUAACGAUUCGAAUAAGCAUGCCCACCACAAAGCUAUGCAAGGAGUCACCAGCAGAGAGACACACUUCCGUGUUUUCAUCACAUCGCCAGUCUUUCAAGGCAAGAUGCAGCUCGCACGGCAUCGCAUGAUCAACUCCCUGAUGAAGGACGAGUUAGCACAAGAAGGCGGUAUACACGCGCUGCAGCUCAUCACUCGAACGCCUGAAGAGGACCAAGCCCGGAAAGAGAAGGAAGCCACCCAGGGAUAGGUGCGGAUGGUUACCGACACCCACAGAGAACGACCAUGGAACUAUUUGGCGAGAAGCGGCCGGUAAAGCCCUGCUGGUGGAUGGUAUGCAUAUGGGGCUGUGUGCCCGGUAGCCAUCGCACAUUGAAGCAAGGAUAGAUUCAGAACAGUUGUGUAGUCUAAUUUAACACCCGCAACGCUUUGAAAGCCUCUAGUAUAGAGUCACUUCCCUCCGAUAGGCGCUUCAUAAAGUGAUCAUAACGUAAAGCUUAGCAAUCCAACGCCAUGUCUUAGCGUCUUGCAGAAA